AUGUUUGGCUUGGUGUUGGACUGUCAUGUCGAGGCAGAGGCUGGAGCUAUCCAUGACAGCGAGUCGAUAGAGUCAUCAAACAGCGGGCAUCUCGAAGGAAUCGGCGAGAUCGAAUAUCGAACUGGAGAGGUGGAGGAAGAUGUGGUAUUUGUCAAUGUUUCUCGCAACAUGAAUGUGUCUGCCGGGGCAGUCGUUGCCGGUCUGUCAAUUGCUUAUCGUUAUCAACGACAGUCCAACGCUGCCUGCCUGGCGGCCCGUCAGCCUGCUGUCUGGCCCCACUACGGAUUGCCUGUCGCACUCAGCUCCCGUCAGUUCUGGAAUUCCAAAUUUCCAAUCGAUGAUGCCUGUGACCUUUGCAAAAAACAACAACAACAACAAAACACAAAUGCUUACACUUCAGUCAACAUCACGUUCAACGAUCCUUCGGACGGGCCAGCGGGAAUCGCCAAUUCGUCGAAUCGCCAUCAGCCAUGGAACCUACUCUACAGAGAAAAUGUGUCGGUGACUUCUCUGUUCAGUUGUUCUUGUCAUCGACCCCUCCAAGGUGGUGACUGCAGUGGACAAGUUUCCCAGAUUGCGCGGUGCGGGGUCUUUGAGCAUCCAACAUCACCACCACAACAUGAGCCAUCACCACCAUUCUGGCAGGCACAUUAUACACUCUUCACAUGCCCCGCGAUUGCUGGACGUACCAGGGGCACCAAUGGCUGAAGCAUCAGGUCCAGUACCAUUUCGCCAUGUCAAACAAAACCCAGUCACGACAUGAACUCACAAGCGUGGUGUCGUCUGAUGGAUGCCCGGGAUUGGUCCAAAUCCAUGUUGCAAGCCAACUGGAUCUCGGUCAUUCAUGCAGACAAGUUUCUCGAUCGAAAUCUGCACUGCAACCAACCACGCUUCAACCUUCUUUUACCGUCUUGAUAGCAGCAGCACAGAAUUCCAAUUCCUUAUUCUUGUUGUACCUGACAUUCCACAUUUGGUGUGACAGGCAUACCCGACCUGCCCUGUCUGUACCUGUACCACGCAUGUCUGUGUCCGUGUUAUCCCCAUCCAGACAUGUCCCCCAUCCCACCAAAGUCACAUCUAGACGGGUGGUAUCCAACGGCAUCCCAUCUCCAAGUGGUACAAUGUGAUAGUAAACCAGGCCUUGUGGAUCAUGUAUCCUCCGGAU